CGAGCCUCCCACGUUUUUACAAAGUCCGAGUAUUGUGUGUACUGUUUUAUAACAUAAAAAAGUAAAAUGUAUUUUGUUGUAUUUUGCGAAGAUUGGUGUUCAACUGUUCCAGAAAACUGGAUUUUUAUAGAAGAGAAAGUAGUUAAAUGGCCUCCAAAAAAUGAUAAUGUAACAGCAGCUUGCAAGAAAAAUAUCAAGCCGAAUAACAAUUGGCUGACUAAAAAAUACACCAGACUGUUUGGACCUUACAAGACUUAUGAUACGGCUAGAGAAAUUGAAAUUGCUACCGUUAAUAUAUCGACAAGUGACGAAGCAUCAUUUAUAAAAGAAUCGCAAACGAACGAAGAAUUGCCUAAACGAUCACGAAAACUGCCAGUACGCUAUCAUCAAAGUUCCGACAAUAGUUCAACUAAUAGUACUGAUGAUCUUGAAGAAAUCAAUGAAAAAAAAACUGGAAGCACUACUAUGAAAAAUUUUGGAUUUGUGCCCACUGACUCUAAUAAUAUUAUUAUAGAAGAUGAUUUACUUGAUACACAGCCCUUGGAUUAUGCUGAUUUUUUUGAAAAUCAAGAUAAUAAUUCACAAAAAGAAGAUAAUAGACGUAGAAAACCAUCAGUAAUUAAUGUUGAAGUUCUUGACAUUCCUUACAAAUCAAGUGAAAUUAUUACAUUGAAGCAAAAUAGAAUUCAAGAAGACAAUGCUUCUAGUUGUGCUGCUCCCCAGAAGUCUCCGGAAAUUAAUGUUAAUAAUAACAUACAAUCUAUUGCACCAUGUUCUCAAGGCUGCUGUUAUUAAACUCAUUACAUUCAGAGGAGGUUCGGGUGGUAAGAAAACGAUUCGCGACAUUUUAAGUUAUAUAAUAACUGACGAAUUAAGUUGCAAAUUGUCAUGGAGCGGCCAAAAAAAUACAAUUGCCGUUAAAAAAAUGAAAUUUAUUGAAAUACUAACAGAUACUAUUGCUUCAAUAAAUAACAUGCGAGUCACAAUUAGUGAAAUCAACCAAUCGAUUAUGACUUGGCUCCAACACGGUACUGACCGUGUCAAAUAUAAAAAUAAAAAACACGA